AUGAUACUUGAUAAAGAAGAGCAACAAAAAAAAGAUGACCUUGUAAAUAAAAUAGAAUUUAUAAAAUCAACUAAAUUUUAUAAAUUGUUGAUGAAUGUAAUUCAAGAUGUUAAUUUAACAGAUCAUUGGAUGAUUAGAAUUGGUGUGAUUGCUGAAUGGACUAAAUUUUUUGAAAAUGGCUUACAAGAAAUUUUUUCAAUAACAAUUAACAGUCAAAAUAAUUUUGAUUUUAAUAAUGAAGAAGAAAUAAUAAAUAUUUUAAAAGAUGAUUUGAUUAAGUUAUUAUCUGAAACUAGUCUAUGCUUAGCUUUGAGAUCACUUAAUAAUGUAUCAAAAGAGCAAUAUGCUGCAAAUAUUUUAAGAUGUUUAAGAGAUAAUUAUUUUGUUGAUGGAUCAUUUCAAGACACUGUUGAAAAACAUGAAAAUCAAGAUAUAAGCUUGAUUACAAGUGAUGAAGUACAAUUUAGUGUUAUGAUUUCUUUAGGAUAUUUAACAACCUUGGCAUCAUUUCCCACUAGAACUCCUGAAAUGGAAAAUAAUUGUUCACAAACAAUUCAAUUCCUUGAAGAAUAUUUUUUUCAAUCAAAUAAUAACCCAGAAACAGAAUCACCAGUAUUAUUGAUUGAUUCAUAUUUAGGUUUUAUGCUUGGAUUAUCAGGGGUUAAUCAUGAAGAAGUUAAAGAAGUCAAGACAAUUUAUCAAAAAGCAUUAUCUGAUUUAAAAAAGUUUGUCGAGUUAAAUGGAAAAGUUGAAAAUGAUCAUAAGCGGCGGAUUUUAGGUUCAGCUUGGUUUGUUGCAUUUUCAAAAUUUGAAAGAUAUGAUGAAAAUAUUAUUGAACUUUUUGAAAAAUUAACAAAAUGGACUGGAUAUGAUGUUCAUUUUACUCAAACUUAUUGUUAUGUAUUACAAACUGUUCUAUUAAUCAUACCAAUAAGAGCAAUAUUACCUAAUUUACAGAAAUUUAAUGCCCAAUUGAGCUCUCAAAUAGAAGUUCUUUCAUCACCAGGAUCUAAUUCUAAAAAACGUCAGAAUGCAAUUUUGGCUUUAGGUUCUUUAUCAGGGGUGAUAUAUCCACACAAUUUUUUUUAUGAAAAGGCCAAUUCAUAUUUGUUUAAAUCUAGACCAUUUACAGUGAUCAAUCAAGUAUUGGAUACAUUAAAAAAUAUAGCAGGUGUACCAUCAUCAUCACCAUCUAGUACUGUUUUUGCUGGAGCAGCAGAAAUAAUGAUUAAAGAUGUGAAAGGUGCAAGGCUGGCAGCUAUUAUUUUGGGCAAGAUGACACAAAGUGUUGAUAAACUUUUAGUUGAAAGUAAUGAUGUUCUAAUAAAAUCAGUAUCAAAAAAUAUUGCUGACACAGAACCUAAAAACUAUUCUAGAUUACCUAAUUCAAGCUAUUUGAAAUUUUUAUUUGUAGCAUUAACAGAUGUAACAGAUAUUUUUUCAAGUAAAAGUCGCUAUGUAUAUAUGAAUUCUCCAGAAUCUACUAUAUCAAUAGAAUCAGCACAAUUGUUUUUUUCAACACUUAUGAAUGUCAAUCAAGUUUUUCCACCAGUAAAUUGGUUCCCCUUACUUGUAGAAUUUAAUAAACCAAACUUUAAACAAUUUAAAUUGCAUAUUGAAAGUAUUAAGUUUGCAAUAAAAUAUUGUGAUUGGUCAGCAUCUUUAACAGAAUACCUUAUGUAUGUAUUAAUGAAAUUCCCUGAUAUUCAAGUUAUAUCUGAUGAUGGUGAUGAUUUUAAUAGUGGUGACUUAGGAUUUGAAGAGAUACUUGUUAAUGAUGGAAUUGCUAAAAUUUUACAACUUUAUGGAUUUGAAAAAAAUGAAAAUGACAUAAUUACAGAAAUCAAAAGGCCAACAACAUCUUCAUCAUCUUCAGUUGCUAUUAAGCAAAGGCGAGGAAUCAAUGACAUUUUAAAAAAAUCAACAAUUCAUGAUUCUCGUCUUUUAGAAAUCUUUGAUGUUUUAUUUGAAAAGUUAUUUGAAAAAGUGGAAAAUAAAUAUUUAAAAAUUAUUAAGGGAUUACAGAUAAAAUUUCUAAGAACGAUAAAUUAUUAUAUUCCAUCAAAUGACAAAACAUCCAACACUGAAGAUUAUUUGACCAUAACCCAACAAGAAUUAAUUAAACGAUUAAAAAAACAUUUCUACAAUUUUAAAAUAUCAGAUUUGAAAGAACAAGAUGUUUACAUAAUACAACUGUUUACAAAAACUUGUAUGUUUUCUAAUGAUGAUAUUAUAAAAGGUGAUCAGUUGUAUGAAAAUGAGGAAGAAUUCAAGAAAUAUGUUGUAACAAUUUGUACAAUGGUCCAAUUGAAUCGUGUAGAUUCAAAAUAUCUUAUAAAUUUAUUACAAGAAAGUUUAUCACACUCAUCUAAUAACAAAAAUAUUUUAAUAUUUUCAUGGAUUCUUUUUACCAUCCAUUUUGACAUAUUCAAUAAUACUAAAAAAUCAAACAAAAAAAAAAUCUUGAGAUCAAAAUUAGAAUGGCUUGUCAACUUGAUGGAUGUUUUGAUUAUAGUAACCAAUUCUCCUAAUCAAGAAUCAUCAUCAAUUAACAAAAUAUGGUAUUAUGGCAUUAAUUUGGUGAUGAAUGGUUUAAUUAAUUUAAGUUGGUGUGAAGAUGAUGUUAACAUUGAUAAUAUUAUUGAUGGUAAUAAUGGUGGUGCUACUACCCUUGCUAAUGCUAUGAUCAAUUCAUGUUUUAUUGAUUGUCAGAUAUUUGAUGAGAAUUUUAUGAGAAUUUUCAAUAAUCCUGUUAUUGUGAAACAACUUCCAAAUUUAAUUAUCAAAGAAAUUCAACAAUCAGUUGAUAUGGAUGAUAAUGGGUUUAACACAUUAAAUGAAAAGGUAACUAAAAGAUUUCUACAGUUAUUUGAAAAUUUGAGGAAAGAUAAGGCAAACGAGGCAAGCCAUAUAUUUUGGGAAAUUUUAAAUAGAUUGAGAUCACCUAAAAUCGGGCUUAUUUCAGAUAAUGAAAGUUGGGUAUUAUUUGAAUAUUAA